AUGAUCUCUACUAUAGAUUCAGCUCUUCGAGAUACAGGACUGUGGCCACUACCAAUGCCAAUCGGUAUUGCUGUUCUAUGCUACCUCGUACCUCCAAUGCAAUGGAUCAAUCGCGGAUUUACCCACUGGUUCCACCUCGCAUCCUUUCUCUACGCAUUGACGCAAUCCGAGUUCAUCCGGAAGGGUUUGGCGCUCAUGGGCAUAAGCAUAUGCAUCGGCUGGUACGCUGCGAUAACAAUGGAUCUGUUGAAAUAUGGCAAUUUCUUUAAAAUUCUCUACUGGAACAUGCCGUCGUCGUUGACCAACGUGAUGGUGCAAGACGGAAUUGUCCAUUAUGACACUUGGGAAUCCAUCGGCACCAUGGCCCUUUCACAUGUUCUUGAUACACUGGGCCACCCGCUACUCACGUACUACUUUUGGUGCAAGCAUACGGAGAAGGGCGGAACAUUCAAAAGUUUGUUGAGCUGGGAUAUCGUUGUGGCGACCUGGCUAUUUUCGCGGACAUGGAGCUUGUCCCACUCCAAAUACAAUUUUGGAGAGUUCCAUAUGUACUACAUCGGAUACGAUGUAUACAAGAUUACAGAAGGGACGCUUGAUCUGUGGUAUCCAGCCUAUAUCACGGAAAGUACGUUGUAUUUCUGCAUCACUUGUUGGAAGCUAUCGAACCUGCUUGCUGGAGGGACAAUAUCAUCAUCAUCGUCGUUAUCGAGUAAAGAAGAUAGUACUCCUGCCGGCAAACUUUCGAAAGACGAAUCGACGUACGACAGGCAGCCAUCACUUCGAUACAGUGAAUCGAGCAUGUCCUCAACCACGCGAUAG